GCCGAGCCGCACUGUCAACAGGCAACUGUAUAACUACAGGUCGGUCUCCGCGUGCUUACGGUCGGCCGCCGCGUUCACUUGUUACCUUUUCUUUGCCGCCGGCCACGACGCGAUGGAAGUGACCACGUGGCGCCGCUCCGUUGACCUCCCAACGUCAAUGUUGUACGCUAGCUUCAGUGUUGUUCUCGUAUCUGUCAACGAACUGACAGGUGGGCGAUAGCUCUGACGUAGUGUUCCUGUCAGUUGUGUGCGUGUGUAGCGGUUCGGUGACGCGACGAUAGAAGAUGGCACUGCGAGAGAUGCAUCUCCACGUGGUGCUGCUGGUGGUGCUGGCCGCGGUGCCGUGGCGGGGGGUGGUGUCCUGGGACCCGGAGGCGGGCUUCUUCACGUGCGACAACAUGGUGCACAACACCUCGGACCACGCGCCGCUCUUCAACUGCACGCACGACAGCGAGCAGGUGUUCCGGUGCGAGGUGGUGCUGGCGACGACGGGCAAGAACUUCCACGCGAACACCAACCUGGCGGUGUCGCUGCAGCUGCGGCGCGACGCGGCGGAGCCCCGCUGCCUGCUGCUGGCCGCCGUCAACGUGAGCCAGGUGCCGCAGCCCGCGCUGCCCAACACCAUCCCAUUCGGCGACCUCGAGGACAACAUCUUCUACCAGCAGAUCCAGAACCUGCGCGUCGCCGUCGUCUUCCCGCGCAGCGUCCCCUUUGGCAGGCUUUGCACUGAGGAGUCUCCCUACAGGCCGUCGGCGUGCCUGAACCGGGACACGGUGCUGGUGACGGCGGUGAUUCGGCACGCGACCGCCGCCAGGAAGGGCGUGCUCAACAGACUCCACUACAUACACAACGCCACGCUCAUGCUGGACGCCGAGCUGACGGAGCUGCGCGCCGAGGUGAACGGCGAGGUGGAGCUGCAGCUGCAGCAGGUGCUGGACCUGCUGGCCGGCACCAACGCGCGUGCUGUGGCGCUGCACGGCGGCAACUGGAGCGACGCGCCGCUCCAGCUCUCCCAGCAGCCCCUGCUCACCGACCUGGACCUCGCCAGCUGCCGCAUCGCCAACGUCAACAUCACGGACUUUGGGCUGGUGCCGCGGCUGCGCUCUCUGGUGCUGCACCACAACUCGCUGCAGGACGUGCCGGCCGGGCUGCAGGCGCUGGCCGAGCUGCAGCGGCUGGACCUGUCCGACAACCCGCUGCAGAACACCGACUCCGUCCACGUCCUGGGUAAGCCUGCCUAG